AUGAAUUCCAAAUCAAUUUAUAACGCACCAAAAGUAACAAAGGAAGAUCUAGAAAGAGAAUUUGACAAAACAAAAUAUCAUCUCAAAAAUAGCUGGGAUGAACUUACAGGUGGGUCACAAUAUACAGAGGAAGAGUUGCUACAAAGACGAAGAAAACAGGACAUGUGCAAAUCAAACUUCUUCGCAGACUGCAGUGGAAACAAGCAGCAGACAUUUAUACUUCUUAAGGGCACGUCUAAAAAGGUGCAUACAUAUAUUCACGGUGCACUUGGGGAGUAUAUAUGCUGGGAAAAGGGGUCUAUCCCAAUUUAUGGAAAAUUAAAAACUCAUAAAAAAAGAAAAAAAAAUCGACAUAAGGUUUCUUUUUUCAGCGACGGUACAUUAUAUAUGGAUAAUUCACCUCAUACAUGUGAUGGUCGGAGCGAUAGUGUUGGCAGGGGAAUCCCCUUUGCGCAACACAACAAGGGGAGCUACAACACCAGGCGCAUUAAGUCAGACAUUGAAAAAUUAGCAGAUACCAAGAGAAGAAACCUAAAUAAGAAGGCAAGCAUGUUGUCCAGGUUCGAUGGGAUGAAUAGGAACGAUCGUCAAAACAAUGUUUAUCACACGAGUUGUGUAAAAUUUGCAGAAGAGGAGAAACGCAAUAUGAAUAAUGGAAGAUGGUUUGGUAAUAAUGAGAACCAGACGAACAUUCCUCGAAGAUGCAAGGAUCAAGUGAUGUUACCCUACAGUUCCAGUAAAGAUAACGAAGCGGCAGAUAUCCUCCUAACAACCCCAAUGAGAAAUUCUGCCAAUGGAAAGUUACCCUUAAGGAUAAGUGAAAAGAAUAAAUUAGACAAAAUGUCCCAAGUACCAGUGGAGGAAAAACUAAAUGAAAAUUCUAUUCAGCCUUUAGGCGAUUUACUCAAAGGAAAAAUGGCAAGAGGAGGGAGAGAAAAAGGGAUUAACUACAGAGAGCACAUAAUGAAGAGGAGCUACAAAAGUAGGAUUAAUCAUGAGCUACAUGCUGAUCAACAUAAUGAGAAACAGAAUAAAUCAAAACAAGUAGGCGUAGGAUACGACAUAAUGUCGAAGCAAAAGAGACAAAAGGGAAGCCCUAAUGUCCGAAUAUAUGUCGAUAAGGAGAGUACACGAAACUCUGAUCCGAAAGGCACUAUUGAUUUUGUUCAAAAUUGUGCAUCUGUUGAAAAAAGAAUGAAAAAUUACCUAAAUGAGCAGCUUAAGUUUUAUGGAUCCAAGUUGAGAAGGGAAAACCUUGAACAAGUUUGUUUCUUCCUACGGAAAAAUCCUCGACGGAGGAUUCCUCAUGGCGUGCCCAAGAGCAACCGUAUUGAUGAAGAGGAGCACCCGAAUGCGCUAGCCCGCCCGUGUCAAAAUUGCAAAAAGGAGAUAAAAUUCAAAAACUACAUAAUGCAAGGAGAUGACAAAAAAAAAGACGCGACGAUAAUGAUUAACGGGAGCGAUGUGGCCCCUACAAUAUCGGAAGAAAUCAAGGAACAAAUGAAAUAUCGGAAAAAAGAAAAAAAUGAAAGACAAACAACGAAUUUAGCACAUAAAAAUAAAUUGCCAGAUGAAUUAAAAAAAUUGAAAAAAUUGCAAAAAGAAGAAAUAAACUUCUUCACAAUUUACACACAUUUAAUUAAUGAAAAAAAUAUUUUAAAAAAAAUACUUGACCAACAAACAAGGAACAAUAAAAAAGAUUAUUUGAAAAAAUUAAUUCUCGUAAAAAAAAUUAUUACCAAUUUUGUUACCUAUUUUGAGCAAAUUUUUGCAAAAAUACAGGUAGAAGAAAAUGGGUCAUAUGCCCCAACAUACAAUGAAGACAGACACCAUAAUAUUAACUCCCUCCUAAAAUUGGUGGAGGACGUUAUAAGUAUUCUAUCGGAUCAUUUCUAUCACGUGGAAUAA